AUGCGUCAGGUUACCACCCCGUUCCUGAUUAGCCUAGAAGGUGGUCAGAUUACAACGGAUACCGAUUCUCGCCUCUCGUUGCCUGCGCAAACAUGGGUCAUCACUCAGCAUCUUGGGGAGACUGCUGUUCAGGCCCACCAAGAGGAGGUUGCGCGACUUGGCCCUAGUUCAACUUUAGCCAAAUUCCUCUGCUAUCGAAAAGACGAUGUGACUCAAAAGCCCGCCUUCAUGAGAAUCUAUCACCAAGUCCCGAUUAUCGAUACAGAGUACUGCAAGCCCGAGGCUAGAGCACUUCAAGCUGUUCCAAAAUACAUGCCCAACGAACUCAAGGCAUUCCAAAAGCUGGCGUCCAUGGCAUGCAAUGUCACUCCUGCGCUCCUGGGCUACAAAGAGGCACAACAAGGCGACAACGGACUCGUUCCCGGGGGCUUUUCCGUUUGUAUUGUGUGGGACAAGGUGCCCGGAGAGUCUCUUUCAGAGGAGUACUUCUGGAGCUUGGAUCGUGGCGCUCGCGACGAUAUUCGUCGAGAAUUUCGCCGAGUCAAUGAAGAGUUUUUGCCCUGCGGAGUGACCGCAAUCCCCAUGUCGACCACAAACCUGAUCUAUGAUAAGGUCUCUGGGUCAAUUCACAUCUGCGGUUUUAGCAUGGCCGCGUUUCCCUCACCCCCAGUGAAAUGGUCUGACACGCUUUAUCUUAUGUACGGCCUGGCAAACUACGUCCCCAGGCCGGGCCGGGUUAUGGAUACAUUGGAUAGGAGUCAGUGGGAGUUCUGA